UUGACGUUUGUUGCGAUUUUAUGCCAUCGUGGCCGAUUUGUCAUUCACUUUAUCCGGAAAGUUGGACGUGCUCGAGUAAAAUUUGAAAUAUUUCGGUUCUUUUCACUGUCGACGUGACUGCAACGUUUGGUUAUCUACCAGUAUUAAGUCCAGCGAAUUAAAAUUAACUAAAAUAAUAUGGACCAAAUCGUAAAAUUCGUGGAGCCCGGCAAGCAAUUCGCCAAAGAUUCCAUUAGAUUGGUAAAAAGGUGCACGAAACCCGAUAGGAAAGAAUUCCAAAAGAUCGCGAUUGCCACAGCCAUCGGUUUCUUCAUAAUGGGUUUCAUAGGAUACUUUGUAAAAUUAAUCCACAUCCCCAUCAACAACAUCAUCGUCGGAUCGCACUUUUAAGGGGCCCCCUUCGAUUCCAUUCAUCUAUCAUUUAUCUUAUUAGGUACAAAUUUAAAUUAUAUUUUAAUAGUUUUUUCAUAUUAAAUGCUCAUGAGUUUCUUUUUUUAUAUAUAAUAAAGUCUGUUUUGUAAAAGCGAGUUGGUUUUGCAAAAAGGAAUUGAAUUGUUUUUGGAGUUGUUUAUUUUCUUACCAAUUUGUGAUUAAAAAGUACAAAAAUUUAGGAGGAAAAAUUUAUCGGUUUUCAUCAAAAAGAGAUGUAAACGAAUUAUACGGAUUAAUUUUAGCAAAGUCGUGUUAUAAAAUAUUAAUUAAAAUUAGUAUAAUUCGUUUACAACUUAAAAAUUAUAAGUUAUUUUAAUAGUAAUAAUUUCGUUAUUUUUUUUUAUUCAAAUAUCUUAUAAGAUGUACGUUGUGCUUACAUCAAAAAGCGCCUUACGUGCGUUUGAAUUGCAAUUUAAUGACAUAAAAAAUAAUUUGAAACAACAGUUAUCCCUAAAAUAAAAUAAAAAAUCUUCAAUCGAACUUAAAGAUAUGUAUAUAAAUCUAUUUUUAAAAAGACUAUACAAAAAUAGGUUAUUUGUAGUUGAAUGGUUUAUUAUUUCGCGUUAAAUGUGAUGGCACAAGAACAUCUAAAAUAAUACAUAAUUUCAAUACAUCUAAAAUAAAAUUUGCGCAACGAAAUUUUCAUUAUUGCUUAAAGAAGAGGAAUGUAGUAGUAUACCCAUUCUGUUUUAACCGAGAGGACUUCAAAUUUUAUUUUCGACGUAAAAGGACUAAAUAAAUCGAAGCACUAAAAAAAUAGACAUUUUUAUCACAAUUUUUUUCAUAUUUUUAAGUAAUUGUCUUUUGAAAUUUCGACUCCGAAUUCGCGCCGUUUCGCCCAGCGAAAAGGCGCGUUUCGAAGAUGUUUAACGAAGCGCCUAAAAACUAGUUUUUGAAAGCGAGAGAGAGUCCUUGAAGCGAAUUAUUCCGAAUAAUUGCCUAAGUAACUAAAACGUUGGUACAAAAUCAUAGAAAAUCGACAAUAAAACGACUAAAAUCUAAUAAAUCACGCUUGAAAUCGAUAGAUUAUCACUUACAUAACUCGAGGGCGCGAAUCGAUCGAAUAUCGAACUAGAAAAUGUACAAAAAAAAUCGCGAUUUUCGCGCCCCGAAGUCUACACCGGGUUUACUCGCAGGUACUCCAAUAAAAUCGUUCCCGAACUGUGUAUUUCAAUACGAUUUUUUGUUUCUUUUGGAAGAAUUGGAAGAGAUAUACAAGACAGGAGCUUCUAAAUACUAAGUAAACUUAACUAGUUAAGAAAAAAUGGAAUU